AUGAACCAGGAGUUCUCGCUGGAGGUCGACUCCGCUGCCUACGCGGUUGUUCGGCUAUACGGCUUCCUUUUCACGGUGCCGCCUGAACCGGGGACGGCGGGCGACGAGCUCGGCAUGAGCAGCCCCGGCGACGACGAUCUGGUGCAGAUGGAGUGCGUCCCCGAGGGGGAGGGCCGGUUUCUGGGAGGCCCGGCGCCGUGGUUCGCCGCCGCGGGGUGCACGGCCGGCUGCAUGCGGGUCGCCGCCGUGGAGGAGGACCAAGAAAAAGAAGAAGAAGAAGAAGGAGGAGGAGGCAAGCAGAUCAUGGUGCUCUACCGCUACGCCGCUUUCUCGGUGUCAUCGGACGGCGUGGUGGCGCGAGGGAGCAACAAGGCGCACCUGCUCCGGUUCGUCGCCGCCGGCGACCACACGGCGAGGUCGCUGGCGUGGGCCGGGUCGUCCCUGGCUCGGCUGAUAUACCCCGGUCGCGUCAGCGAGCAGCUCCAGGAGCUAUGGUCGGGCCUGGCGGCGCAGGUGAGCGCGCUGCCGCGCGCCGCGCGCGUCGAGGUGUUCGUCGACGUCGGCAUCCUCCAGAGGUCGGUGUUCGUCCACGACGGCAUCCUCCGGAUGUCGGAAUACACGCCCGAGCGCGUGGAGCGGAUGCGCCCCUCGCUGGAGCGCAUGGCGGAGGAGCCGUGGCCCGUGCGCUUCACCGGCAUGGAGCUGCACCUGCCGGAGCCGAUGCGGCGCGGCCAUGAUAAAGACGAAGCCACCGUCAACGACGACGACGGCACGGACGCCGGUGAACGGCCAGCGAAGCGAAGGAGGGUCGUCGCCGCCGGGGAGGAUUGCCCCGUCUGCUUGCAGCUGCUGGAGGGCGAUGACCUCGCCGCGUGGCCGGGCUGCGUCAAGCCGCACGUCUUCCAUGGCGCGUGCCUGGAGGGCGUCCUCGUGGAGAGCAAGACGUGCCCUAUGUGCAGGCACACGCUGUACAUCGAGCCCAAACGCUCGACGUAA